AAUAAGACGUAUUCUUCUACCAUUGGUCAAUCUCAUAUUUUUAAUUCUUAAACCAGCAUUAAACACAACAAAAAAAACCACGAACUCAAACCCCCUUUCCCUUUCUUCAAUCUCUCCCCUCAAUCGCCAACCCCCUUCGCUCCAAUCUCCAUUAACAAGCCAAUUUGCAAAAUAGGAAUUUCAUUGAUGGGUGAUGGUCCUAGAACUAUAGAGAUCAUACCAGAUUAUUUUGAGGCUUCAGCUUCCGCUUCCGCAGAUUCUCCCCUACCCAGAAGUUCAGAUACCUCAGUAUCUGGUGAAGAUUCUCCUCAUACAUCAACAUCUGGCACAACAUCUCAUUUAGAUAGACAUUCAUUUUUCUCAAAUACAACUGUCAACAGUGCCUCCAGCAUAGUUCAGAAUCGUUCAUUUUCUAGGAACAAGUUGAAAACUGCUUCAUUCAUGUUGAGGUUAUUUAGUUUGAAGGGACUACGAAAUAUCACUGGUCUUAAUGGUGAAGAAAAGGUUGAGCUGAGUGCUGUAGAACUAGAAUCCCUUCGGUCAGAACUUGCUGAUGUAGAAGAAAGAGAGGCUCAUUUCAAAGCACAGUUGGAACAUCUUGAUGAAAUCUUGCGGCGGGCUCGACUAUCAGGAUACUUAAAUAUGAGAACACGAUGGGCGGCACUACCUGGCGAGCUACCUCCUAUUGAUGAUUGUGAUGUCGAUGACUGGGUUCCUCGCUUUACAGUCCUGCAAGGAUCAUGCAUCUUCUUUUACUUGUCUUCUACAGAUUUGAGUCCUCAGGAUUCAGCUCUUCUCUCCGACAUUGAUGAAGUAGGUUCAUUGCCAUGCAUAGUUCGAGAAGGUGAAGAAAUUUGGCACUGCUUUUACAUUGUUACACGUUAUGGACUCAGAAUUGAAUGUUCUAGCGAUUCUGAGAUACAGGUUGAUUCUUGGUUAAGAGCAUUACGAACAGAGUGCAAGCUUGGACCUGAUAAAACUGACCCCGGUGAUCAAAAUUGUGAAAGCAACGUUCAGCAAUGUAUAUAUGAAGGUUGUGGCUAUGAGCCUAUGAGUAAAAGAGGAGAAACGGAAGGGAAGGAGCAGAGAAAAAUGAGGUCCCACUUUUACAGAUCUGCUUCUAAGGCUGCUCGCUCUUUCCUCUCUUCUUCUAAGAACUCCGCCUCUCGCUUCGUCCCUGAAGGACGAACUGUUGCUGCUACUGCUGCUGUAUCCUUGAGAGGAAAAGCGUCUCACUUGGCUUCUCUUGGAGGAGCCAAUGCAUCCGGAACGUGGUUGUCCACCGCAUUGGCCAUCCCUGCAGCAGCUUACUUGCUUCAGGACCAGGAAGCUUAUGCUGCAGAGAUGGAGCGUACUUUCAUUGCUAUCAAACCUGAUGGAGUACAGAGAGGGCUGAUCUCAGAAAUCGUAGCACGUUUUGAGCGAAAGGGUUUCAAGCUUGUUGCUAUCAAAGUAGUGGUUCCCUCAAAGGAUUUUGCCCAGAAGCAUUAUCAUGAUCUGUCAGAGAGGCCUUUCUUCAACGGACUCUGUGAUUUUCUGAGCUCUGGCCCGGUGGUUGCUAUGGUUUGGGAAGGCGAGGGGGUGAUUAAAUACGGAAGGAAACUCAUUGGAGCCACAGACCCACAGAAAUCAGAACCAGGAACCAUCAGAGGUGACCUUGCAGUCGUCGUUGGAAGAAAUAUUAUCCAUGGAAGUGAUGGCCCAGAAACAGCUAAGGAUGAAAUCAAGCUUUGGUUCAAGCCUGAGGAAUUGGUCAGUUACACACACAAUGCUGAGAAAUGGAUCUACGGAGACAACUGAAGCAAUUGUAGGGGUUAUUGAUGUAUCAAAUUAACCCUGUUUUCCUUAUUGCAGCUUUACUUAGGUCCCAUACAAUUGGGAUAGAAACAAAGUUUUACGACAAUAAAUUAUAGGCCCUGAUUUCAUCACAUUACUUACUCAUGGGAUUAGAUUUCUGCAAUAAUGUAUUUCAGCUCCUUAAUUUUGUUCAACCAAAUACAACUUUUAGAUUGAAAUGUUGAGGAAAGUGAGCUGACCAUGCUGUUUAUCAGUUUAUGUGGCUAAAAAGUUUCCUAAUUUUAUAUUUGGCAGAUCUUUGGAUGUUGAACUUCCUUGGUUUGAAGGAUCAGCAUCACAGCAUGUGUUUUAUG